GGACGGUAUUUGUGUCCCCCUCUUAUCCUGCCUCCAACGCCCCAGGACGACCAUGAACGGGACGACCUCUUACGCACCUUCAACGACGGAGACUGCUACCGAGAAGAAUGACACCGAGCGAAGGCAAUCUGUGGGCGAUGUGGACGAACAGAAGGACGAAGAGAAGGAGCAAACGGUGACGAAGGAAAUCGAUGCGGAAGCGGCGUCACCCCCCACUUACGACUACGACUUCCCAGACGGCGGAUGGCAAGCAUGGAGCGUGGUAGUUGGAUCCUGGCUGGUUUCGUUUUCGACUUUCGGGUAUAUCAACGCCUAUGGAGUCUAUCAAGAUUAUUAUCAGACCCACCAGUUGGCUGAUUACUCUGCCUCCGCAAUUACAUGGAUAGGCAGCUUACAGCUCGCCUUCAUAUUCUGGGGCGGCAUGCUCACCGGUCGACUUUUCGACAAGGGCUACAUGCGCCACCUAGUCUUCGCAGGCUCCGUCCUCAGCGUAUUCUGCUUAAUGAUGACAUCCUUAGCAAAGUCAUACUACCAGAUUCUCCUAGCCCAAGGCGUUGGCUUAGGCCUUGGGUUUGGGCUGCUUUACGUCCCUGCCAUCUCGUGCAUCUCGCACUGGUUCCGCCGGCGGCGGGCGCUCGCAAACGGCGUGCUCGCGUCGGGCUCGUCCACGGGCGGCAUCGUCUUCCCGAUCAUGCUCAACAAGCUCGCGAACAACCCGAACAUCGGGUACGGCUGGGCGGUGCGCGCGACGGGAUUCGUCGUCCUAGGGUGCCUGCUCGUCGGGAAUUUUUUGCUGAAGACGAGGCUGCCGCGGAGGGAGCACGGCGCCGUGCUGGAUUUCUCGAUGUUCAAGGAUGUGACGUACUCGAUAUACGUCGUGGGGUGUUUCUUCGUGCUCUUCGGGAUCUACCUCCCGUUCUUCUUCCUGCAGCAGUAUGCCAUCCAGCAGGGCAUCUCUGAGAACAUCGCGUUUUACUCGCUGGCGUUCCUGAACGCGGCAUCACUCUUUGGGCGCGUGGUCCCGAACUUCGUCGCGGACUACGUCGGCCCGCUGAACGUGCUCAUCCCCGCGUGCUUCGUGACGAGCGUCCUCAUAUUCAUCUUCCUUGCGGUGCACACGCCCGCGGGCGUCGUCGUGUACGCGCUCGUGUUCGGGUUCUUCAGCGGGACCUACGUCUCCGUUAUACCAGCGGGCACGGCGUCGCUCACGGCGGACAUGGCGACGAUCGGCAUCCGCAUCGGCAUGUCCUUCUUCGUCGUGGGCUUCGGGGGGCUCUUCGGCUCGCCCGUCAUCGGCGCGAUCAUCGCGCGCCAGGGCGGGGGCACGUACUGGGGCGCGGCGGUGUUCUCGGGCAUCGUUUGUCUGAUUGGCACGGCGUUCUUGGUCUGGGCGAGGCAGCGGCAGGUCGCCAAGACCGGGUCGUGGAAGGCGUGA